AUACUCCAGGCUUUCAGCUAGAAUCAUUCUCAUACGCAGCGUCGCGGCCCGCCACCUCCACUACGCACCCCCCCCCCCCACACGCUUUGACUUGAAAUAUUCUCCGCACUUCUCGCACAGAUAAAAAGGGCCGCUUAUAGAUUGUAUUGUCGACUAUGCCCAGCUUCUGGACUUCUGACGCACCGCUUGCACAAAUUCGAGUGUGCAUUCAGCCGGCCGAAGACUCGACAGCCACUAUUUGCGCCAAUAAUAACGAUGCUACGCGCAAACUGGCUGUUCCGCUGGACGUAUACAACGAACUCCAGCAGUCUCUGAUACAGCGGCAGAAAAUCGAUGGCCGAGCCUUGGCCAAUGAGUCAGCCCAAAAAGAUCAGUUGUACGUGAGCGUCAGCGUUGUGGGUCAGAGUGCGCGCACGCCGUGCGUGAUGGCAGUGGGCAAGGACCCGGUCGGCCGCCAGCCAGCCGGCGCCGCAGUGCCCAUAUGUGUUGCGAGUAAUACAGCUUGGCUGGCUAUAGAAGAUGAUGCUAACGGCUUGCAAAUGGAUGACGCCACUCCGGCCUCUGUGUCGGCAGUUCUCGAAGGAAUCGUGCCCAUAGAGCUCACUGAGGUCGUGCUGGGCGUCAGCAGCAGCCAGUACGAUGACGCUUUGGCAGCACAAGAUCAGAUUUCUGCACACAUAAACUCGCAAACCAGGCUGUACUACAGGGGAUUCAGUACCACAGCAAUAGUUGGCGAUGCGGGAGAGCCCAUUUCACUGCAGUGCUUGAUGUGCCAGCCCGUAUCCCAAGGAGUUAUCCGGAGCGAUAGCGGCGGUGCUGCUCCACGCAUCAUCAUUGUCAAAACCAAGUCACCAGCAGCGAGCGGAACCCAGGAUGCGCAUUUGCUUUUGGAGGAGCAAUCUGGCAGCGAAUUCGAUGCUGAACAGUGGGACCUGGGCGCAGAAUGGCUGAUUCUUGGCAAUGCACCGCUGGCACACAAUGCCAAAAAUACAGAGAUAAGCGCAGUUGAGCUUGACUCGCCGAUUGACCACGCCAAGCUGGUGCCCGCCGCAUAUGCUGGCGAAGACUUGGAUAAUCGCGGGUACAUGUCGCUAGCGUCGCUCGCAAAACUGGGAAUUGUCAGCGGCGGCUGGGUCCUGAUUGCACCAUCUCCAGCGGCUAAACCGGCAAAUGAUAGCAAUAAUGACAACACGGCACUGCCCUCGAGCAGCCAGCGAGCGAUCCGUGUAUUUGGCUGGGACGGUGCCGGAUUGAGCGACCAAGUGCUCGCGCUUCCCCCGAUCCUACUUUGCAACAUCUGCUUCUCGCCCUCGCCGUCUUACAAACCGUCUUCAGGCAGCAAAUUGCUCAUCACGCCGUUGGGCUUGCCUCCGGCAUCCCCGAGUCCAAUUUAUCUCAGCGGCGCCGCCGAUACAGGAAGCGUAUCCAAAACUAUGCCCCAGCCGCCAUUGGAGACUGCCAGAAAGGUGGUCCUGGCGCGCGUGUCGUCGCCGCUGUCCGAGCAAAUAGACAUGGAGACUCACGCACUGGCAGCCUUGCAACAAUGGAUGUCGCCGUCCACAUCGGACAACAUGCAAGGCGAGGUGGCGCCUCUGCGAGUGGUCAAGACUGGUGAUCUAAUAUCGGUGCGCAUAUCCCUGGAAGAGGCAAGCAUGCGUACAACCAUAGCGCUGGUGGCCGGCGCCGACGCGGCCAACCGUCUGCGCAGUGGCGAAACCGAUAUGGACCCCAUCUCUGUAGAUGUCAACCCUGUCACUGAUCUGGCGCUAGAGGUGCGCGUGGAACAUGAUUUCUGUGCUCCUGUUUCGGGUGCCAAUGAGCUUGUCUUUUACAAGGUAGUCAGCGCAGAGGGGUUCAAGCGCGGGCGCGCAGCCUACGGCUUACAAUCCAUCAUAACGUCUGAUGACGACGAUGAAUACGGUGUGUCCAGUGAUAGCGACAGCAACGGCAGUGGCAGCGAUGAUGACGGCUACGACCUUGUCAGAUCUGCCUCCAAGAGCCUCGAUCCAUUAGACAGAACCUGGGCACAGUGGUAUGGGCGGGUGCGAGACAGGGGCCUUGUAAUCCGUCCCGAUGUCACGAUGGUUGUCCAGACGGGCGCCGUGCAUAGCCGAGCGCCAUACCGCUCGGUACGCGGGUAUCUGAGGGCCGGCAAGUACGGCAGAUCUUUUUCUGUACAUACCCAGGAAUCGGCAGAGACAGCUGCCGAGUGCGUUCCAUACUUCCGAGAGUUGGACCAGCUUAUGCGCCUGGCCAACGCCUCGCUUCACCCGUUGGCCAUAUCGCGCAAGCUCAUCUGCUCGGCGCUGCUCAUGGGCAACCCAGGAACUGGAAAGCGAUUAUUGGUGCAUUCUGCAGCUGAGAGACUCGGCAUUCAUCUUUACGAGCUGAGCUGCUACGACAUCCUUGCAGAAUCUGAGGACAAGACAGCGCAAGUGCUCGAAGUGUACUUCCAGAAUGCCAGCCGGUACACGCCGUGCAUCCUCCACCUACGCUCGAUCGAGGCCCUGGCGCAAGCGAGCAACGCUGCGCCUGGCCAGGAGAACGCCGAUGACCUGCCCAUCUCGCGGGUGCUCAGAAAAUGCAUAGAGGGAAUCAGUCGCGCGCACCAAGAGACUGGAUUUCCUAUUGUCGUUGUCGCAUCCAGCAAUCAGUCAGACAAAGUACCCACUUCACUUGCGGCGGCAUUCCACUACGAAAUCAAUCUCAAUGUGCCUGACGAGUGCACGCGGCUUCUGCUGCUUAAAAACAUUACAGCAAGCAGCCUCCCCUUGGCGCCGGACGCCGACGUGUCGUAUGUGGCCCAGCAGACAGCCUCAUUUGUCGCUCGCGACCUUGCCACUCUCAUCAGACGCGCGGAAAGCCAUGCUUGGAGGCGGGCGCGGAGCAACAUGACAGCAGCAGUUUCCAAAUCUCUGGACGCAGGCGGGUGCCCGCUACAGACCCGCGAUCUGCUGCUAUCUGGCCAGAUCAUCACAAACGACGACCUGCUGAACGCGCUCGGUGACGCGCGGGCAUCGAUGUCUGACACGCUGGGCGUGCCCAAAAUCCCUAACGUCAAGUGGGACGACGUCGGCGGCCUGGCAGACGCAAAGAAGGACAUUCUCGACACUAUCCGGCUACCUAUGGAGCAGCCACAUUUGUUUGCGUCGGGUCUCAGCACUCGCUCAGGCCUCUUGUUCUACGGCCCCCCGGGCACCGGCAAGACGCUGUUAGCCAAGGCCAUUGCCACCGAAUGCGGCCUAAACUUUUUCAGCUGCAAGGGGCCGGAGCUCAUCAGCCCGUACAUUGGCGAGAGCGAGGCCAAUGUCCGGCGCAUCUUCCAAAAGGCACGCGAGGCCAGUCCAUGCGUGAUUUUCUUUGAUGAACUCGACUCGCUGGCCCCCAAGCGCGGCCAGCAGGGCGAUUCGGGGGGCGUGAUGGACCGGAUCGUCAGCCAGCUGCUCGCUGAGCUCGACGGAAUGAGCAGCAGCGGCAGCACAGACGAUAUUGAUGAAAAUGCCGGUGGCGACACUGGCGACCAGGGAUCAAAAAAAUCCAGGGACGGUGAGAGCGGCAGCGCAACUGCAUCUGCAGUGCAGGUCUUUGCCAUUGGCGCAACGAAUCGCCCCGAUCUCCUCGACCCGGCGCUGCUCCGGCCAGGCCGAUUUGAUAAGCUCGUUUACCUGGGCGUCAGCGAGACCCACGAGGCGCAGCUCAACAUUAUCCAGGCUCUCACCCGCAAGUUCCAGCUGCACUCUGAUCUGGAUCUGCAUGCCGUAGCCGAGGAGUGCCCAUUUCACUACACAGGAGCCGACUUUUAUGCGCUCUGCUCCGACGCUCUCCUCAAGGCCAUGCUGCGCACAGUCGAUAAUGUCGACGCCCUGGUGCGCCAAUGGAACGAGGAUGACGACAGAGAGCCGAAUGAAGACCACCCUGUCCCGAUGACUCCCCAGUACUACUUGGACCAGAUUGCGCCCGAGGACAUUAAGCAGGUCACGGUUACCAUGGACGAUUUUGAGAAAGCGCUUGAUGAACUCAUCCCUUCAGUGUCUGCCGAUGAGCUCGUUCGCUACCAGGUUCUGCGUAGGCAGUUUGACUCGGUUUUGAAGGGAAAAGACAAGGAUAAGGACAAGCAGAACCAACAUACAGAUGAAGGCAGCAUGGCUAGCACAAGCUACGCAGAGACUGCCAAGGGCAAGGGCAAAGAUCCGGCGAACUAGUUAUUCAUGAUGGACCAUGGACCUGAUUGCGCGGGGUUGGCUUUUGGCCAUCUUUUGAACAGUGAGUUUUUGGUCGAAUACAAUAUAUUUUUGAAACAAUU